GUUAUUUACGAGCCGUACCGUAUUGAGUCUGAAGGUGAGCUUCUCGUGGAAAGUCGUGUACUUUUCCCACUGAUCCAUGUAGGCCUGGAGGCCCUGGAAAUCCCGACAGAGGAUGUCCGGACGGAAGACGCUGGCCAUGAAGCGGCUAGUGAUGGCGCUACGCUCGCUGUCCGCCGAGUCGUAGCCGUGUACGAACUGCAAGAAAUACUCCCGCGUGAGAUCCAGCGCCGCAGCCGAGCUAUUGGCGCGCCAGAGCAACGUGGCAGAGUCGCGCAGCAGCGUUGAGCGCUCCAGUGACGCAAUAUGAGCCUGGAGAGAGCGGAUGGCGGUGUCUAAGGUGGCGUCGUCAGGUUCUGGCUCGGCUUCCACCUCGCGGCGUCUGGCUCUCGCAUCUUGGCGGCGUCUGGACGCGCAAUUACGCGGGUACGGUGGGCGGUGCCGCCUGUUGUUUCUGUUGGAAGCGUUCCUCUCCGAGGGCCGCUGGAGAUGCCGUAGCGUCACUAUGCGGGCGAAGCGACGCGCCAGGUACUGAACGACAUCCGAAUCCUGCGGCAGAUCUUCCUCAGACGGUGGCAACGGGCCAUGGAAGAGCGGCAGCAUGUGCGAUGGAGAUCGAUGACGACGUUAUGGGAGGAGGCUGCGGCUCUGGCGGCGAGCGGAAAUAAGAGUGGGCACCUUCGACCAGCGCAGCUUUACGCUGUCUACAGCUGAAUACUGACUGAGCUUCCUAAAGCUUCUCUUUAUCUUCGACGAGAAGCUUAUCGUGUGAGGGGAGACAACUGACGCCAGAUAGAGGAAUCACUGCUGCCCACGAGACAAGUGCUAAUGGCGAUAGGGUCUUCUAUCGACAUGGGAAAAACGUUUGUCAAGAAAGAUACUUGUACCUGCUUCAACAAACGCAUGACACUGUUUGCAACCUACGCUUCUCUAUAAUGCAUGGGCCCAGAACACACGCUGACCUCAGUCUCAUUUAAGGCGUGCACUGCGGUGGUGAUCAUAAUCUAGUAGUGGUCUCUCUCCUAAUUUCAUCUUCACCAACAUCGUCGAUACCCUCAGUCCGAUCAACUGUGGCUUGCAUGGGCUCAGUCGGUGCAUCAGCCACGUCGGCGCCUUCUUCUAUAUCAACGCUCCCAACGUCCUUCAGUGUUACUACAUCUCCACCAUUCACGAUCGCCUCUGGGACGAUAGCAAGGAAGCGCUGUCGUCGUAUCAGCCGUGCUCGUCGGACAGAAAUGUACCCCAGCACACAGCCGACAACGAUGACACAAGCGCCUACAACGAAUCCUAGUAAUGACAACGUUUUGGCUGUGAAUGGACCUAGAUUUGUCAUCGUAGCGGACGCUGUGGCAGACAUACCGGUCUCUUCUUCGAUCCAAAGAAUCGGCAGCCACCCUGCAGCAAGGUCGCUAUGCCAGACAUCAAGCACCUGACGGUCUUCAACUUGCGCUGUAAGCUGCCAUACGAGACGGCGAUGCACUACUGCACCCGUCUGGGGAUCGAUAUCGAACACGGACGACGCUGCGUCCGAGGACGAACUGCUUUGCACCAUCAGUGGCAAAUCAUCGUACAAGAAACUUACGUUGAGACUGGGAGUGGUCGGUGCCGACGUAGAUACGACUCCAGUCGGGAGUCGAGAAGGCAACGUCCAAUUCAUGACGUAGCGCAUCAUCGACUUGCCGAAGCGAGUCGUACUGCUGUCGAAUGUGAUCUGAGCCACACGGCGAGCGUAUCCCCAGUAAAAGUAGAGCUUCUGAGGUGGGAAUUCGACCGAGGUAACCGAGUUCUCACCCUGACCUAUGAGUACUGCAGUUGUGAACUGCGAGCCAUCCGUCACUCGAACUGCGCUAAGCUCCACUUUUUCACCCCAUGCGUUCAUGAGUGUAGAGCUGUCCACCGCUACAAGACGACCCACCACGCUCUUGCCCUUCCUGUAUAGAGCUGCGUUAUCCUCCAGUGGAACUACGAGAUCAAACGUCGAGGCUCCACGCUCCAUUGCCGUUGAAUUGGACCACAAUGGCGUUUCAUUGGGGGAUUCAUCUGCCUCGCUUGGCGGUGAAGCGAAUAGAAUCUGAGAUACCAUUAACGCAGCAAAAUAUCCUCCGAUCGGAUACGUUAACGAUGUCGAGAGAGCUGCUUCUUCACGGGGUGGACUGGGGCGUAACCCGAGGAUACUCGGUUCAUAUUCAAACUUCGUAGCUACAUACAGCAAGUACGCCUGCAGAUCCUGUACGAUGCUUACAGGUUUGUCGUGCAAAUCUUGUAGUCCAGGUAGCUGUAAGUACACUGCACUCGACCCAACACCAGCCUCCCCCGUUCUGUCCACACAAACCUGUUGCUUCUCUUGAUCACUCCAGUCACUAUCAUAGGCUUCAACUACAGUCUUCAUCAG